AUGCGAGCAUACCCGACCAGCGCGAUCGGCGCCGUGAUCACGUUCCUGGCAGGGUUCGUGGCGCACGACUUGCCCUGGCCCGCGCUGGUGCACGAGGCGAGCGACCUGCCUUCGCGCAGCGGCCCUGGCCACGAGCUGGAGGCCAGCUCGACGAGCAGCACCUCCACGAGCACCAGCACUGUGCUGGUCUGCUCGGUAUUGGUGACGUGCAGUGACGACCCGGGCUGGACGCACGAGCGUGUGUUGUUGUGGCCCCACAAUGAGGCUCGCACUAGCUGGCAGAUCUACACGCCCGGCAACGAUCUGUAUGCCGAGGACUUCGGCGACUACGCAUCGCUCAUCCCGAUGACGGGGCGGAGGCGGUAUCCCCCGGGUGUCAGGAACGUGGUGGCGUUCAACAGGCCGCUGCAGACGGCCGAGCUGGUCUCGCUCAUCAAACGUGGUCGGGGCGAAGCCGUCCUCGAGCACGGGCCGCCAGCGAACGGCUGGUGGGCCGGCGCCGGCCAGGAUUGGCUCGGAGGCAGGAUGGACAUCCCCGCGCCGACGGCCGUGGAGGUCCCUCGCGUGCGGCGCCGCCUCCGCAAGAAGGGCGUGGAGGACAGCAAUUUCGGCCAGAUGGUGCCCCUCUCCGCGGCUGCCAUCCUGCGGGGCCGCUAUGGGCUCGACAGGGAUGAGAUGGGCGAGUGGCGGCUCAUAGAGUAUGUGGAGGACGAGCAGGCCAACAGCUGGCAAGAUGACAAGCUGACGGCGGCGGAUCGGCAGCGACCUCCCCGAAGCGGCCUCGGGGAUCGGCUCUUCGGCGGUGGCGGAGGCGGCACCGCUACGCCCCCUGCGGAGCCCACGGCUGCGGACGUCGUAGCUGGCCCUGGCGAGGAGCAGGCUGAGGAUUUACGCACGUGCUGGAUCGAUGUUGACGAGACGGGCUCGAGGUUCAAAGAGUGGCGCAAGGUAGUGCAGGAGAGCUCGCAAGAGGUGUUCUCGGACUCAAGCCUGCGCGGGCCGCCGGCUUGCCUGGAGGUGUGCCGUAAGAUGUAUCGCCACGGCGGCACGCCCAAGAUCUGGUUCCAGGAGUGGUGCAAGGAGACGGGGAUCUCUCGCCGGGACCGCGCCGACCACGAGGUGCAGACUCUCAUCGAGCGUUUGUACCUCGCGGGCACCUACGGCCAGGUGAACAUGGGAGCGCUGGCGUCACUGGAAGUGAUCGCCCGCCGGCUGCUGCAGUAUACGGAGGCGUACUCACACAGUGCCGACCACGCGAACUGGGCGGCGGCAAAGCAACUGGCGGGGACUACGAACCCGCUGGACCUGGUGCCCGAGGCGCUGCGCAGCUACGCCAGCCGGCUAAGCAAGGAAGAGCACGAGCUAGAGGCGUUGCGGGCUCGGGCCAAGACGCCUACGGCACCUUCGGCUGAGGGCGGUCGUGGCGCUGCGGCUGCCGCGCUGCCUCCCGAGUGGUGCGAGGGGCUCAGCGCGGCGCAGCGCCGGCGCUGGCUGCGGGGCGGCAACGCUGCCUGCGAAAGCUUGAGUUACUUGCAUGGAGGCAUCCACCGAGGCGGUCGGGCACCAGUGAGCUCGGCCAGCCAGAUGAAGAUGGACGCCAUUUCGGCGGACGCGCAGCAGCGCGUCUUCUCGGCGGCUCGCCAGUGGAUAGACGUUGACAGCGCCGUCAGUGAGGAGGAGGCCUUUGCCAGGCUUCUUAAGGGCAAGGCGGGGUACGCCCCCCUUGGCUCGACCAGCAUGGGCUCCUACGAGUACUCGCGGGUUAGUUUGCCAGACAGUGUCGUGGACGCGCCGUCGCUGGCCUCCAUGUUCCCCGCGCAGGCAAGGCAAUACCUCGAGGAGCUUGCUUCCAGGAUGCUGCUGCCGCCUCGGGAAGCAGCCCUAAUGCGAGAACUUGACGGACUACCUGGUUGUCACACCGAUCCUCUGUUGCUGCAACGGCCGCGGAGCUAUGGGAAGUUCGUGCGGCGAGCGCUCUCGAUAGGUCUAGUCACUUUGACACGGAGGCCUAAGAGCGUGCUUGGUUUAUUUUUUGUGAAGAAGAAGGAUGGGGCCCGCCUUCGCUUCAUCGUCGACUGCAGGCGGAGCAACGCCUUGUUCCGCCCUCCUCCUGGGGUCGACCUGCUGUCGGGCGAGGGGCUCGGCCGCGUAGAGAUGCCCAUCAUGGGGGACUCCGACUUCGCCGGGCUCUGCGCGGUGCUUGGCGUGGGUGACGUUGCCGACUGCUUCCACAGGAUGAAGAUGCAGGGCGACAUCAGGCACUAUUUUUGCUGGCCACCGCUGGAUGCUGCUUUGACUGGAAAGACACUGGUUGAGGGGCGCCCUGUGCACGCUGGCGAGCAGGUUUGGCCGAUGAGCCAGAGCCUGCCUAUGGGCUUUUCUCGGUCCUUAUACUUCGCCCAGGCCGCCGACCAGCGCAGGCUCGAUCGACAGCCGUCGUUGGCGGGUAGCCUGCGGCUGAGCGAUCGCGGGCCGCCGCUAGUCCUUGGACAGGGCGCCGCGGGCUCGGAGCCGGGCCAUUACAUGUGCGUCGACAAUGCCGGCGUGAUUGGUGUCGACGCAGCGCGUGUGGCAAGCGCGUUGCAGGAGGCCCAGCGUGAUUUCGAUGGCGAUCACCUGAAGUUCCACGAGGUCGAGGUGCUGCCAGAAGGGGGUCGUACCCUGGGCUGCUACCUCGACGGCAGGCGCCGAGCGACCCGCCCUACUGACGAGAGGUUCGCCAUGGUGCGGAAAGGGUUGAGGUGCCUCUUGAGGAGACGCAAGGUGGCCGGCUGGCAGCUGGAGAUGGUGCUGGGGCACAUGACCUUCAUGGCCCUGGUUCGCCGCGAAGUGCUGUCCAUCUUCCACUCGGUAUAUGCUUUUGUGGCGCAAAGCUACCACGCCUUCUCCGUGCUGUGGCCCACCGUGCGCGACGAGCUGAACUGCUACCUGGGCAUCAUGGUGAUGCUGGAGUCGAGCUGGACGAGGCAGUGGGCGCCAGUGGUCUACUCCUCCGACGCCAGCCUGUGCGGCUACGGCGUUGCGGAGGCCUGCUUCGGGGCCGAGGCCGUGGCGGAGGUUGGCCGCGUGUCGGAGCUGGCGCGGUGGCGGCUGGGUGCUGGGCUGGCGAGGCAGCAUGCCUUCGAGUGCGCCGGCUUCCUCUUGGAUAGCGAGACCGGCGAGGUCGUCCGAGAUGAGGCGGGGGCCCCGAAGCGGCUGGACGCCGAGCUCCAGCGCGUGCUGGCCAGCGAGCGCUGGGAGCUGGACCCGAGCUUCCCGGAGGUGCCCAGCUGGCUCCUGCACGACUCGCAUUGGGCCACGGUCAUGGCCGAUCGGUGGGCGUUCGCCGACGAUAUCCUUAGACUCGAGGCACGAGCGCUAGUGAAGGCUGCAGCUCGUGCCGCGCACUGCCAGCCUGUAAAAGAAUGCCGCUCUCUUUUGCUAGGAGAUAAUCUCGCUGUCGUGUUGUGUUUUUGCAGGUUCAGGUCCAGGGAUUUCCGGCUUCUAAUUCAGGUCUGCCGUUUUGCUGCUCUGUGCCUUGCUAGAGAGAUUAAGUUUGUUGUUCGUUGGAUCCCGUCUGAGUUCAACUCUGGCGACGAGGGAAGUCGAAGGUUCGAUCCAGCCUACGAUGCCCAGAAGUCCUUCGUUACCCAUCUUGGCUCGAACUCGCUGUCACCCCAGGUCCCUGCGAGCCCCGUCGAUGCUCCCGCGGCGGGGGCCCGUGGCAGGAGAGAGCAGUCGGCGGCUGACGCUGAGCCGACCUGCGGUGCCGACGCCAGCCGUCCCGCUCGAGACGGGCCGGAGGUGGACUCGGACGCUGGGCAGCCCUGGCCGCCGACUGGAAGGCCCCGCUCGGUGGAUCAGAGCCGCGGGCUAGCCGCGAGGCUGGUGCUGGAGGGCGCUACCCGACCGCCGCGGCAGAGCUCAGUAGCUGCUUGCUUGCGGCUGAGCCCCGGCGAACCCCGCCUGGCCGACAAGGCCGUUGCAGGCCACGGGGUUGCCGAGGUCGCGGCGGAGAGCGAGAGCGUCGUAAGCAGCGACGCCGAGGGGCCGCCGGCUGCUGCGCGCUCCCGAAGGCGUUUGGAGCCGCGCGGGAAGGCGCAGCUCAGGAAGGCGAUCGGGGCGCUCGAGACCGCAGAGUCGGGCAGGGACGACGUGAAGUUGAGCGUCGGCUACCCCGGGAAGAGAUCGGUGGGGACGGGCACUUUGGAGACCUACCGCCAGUGCGUGCUCGCAUUCUGCGCCUGGGCCCGCUGCUGCCUCGCAGCCCUGCCCGAGCUCAUGGGGCUCGACGGCCAGCUGGUCGAAUGCAUGAGCGAGAAGUCCUUGACGGGCGUCGAGGGCUGGCGGGGCGGGAAGCUGCUGGGCGGGCUGAUGUUCUUCCACCCGGACUUCGGCCGCCUGGGUGGGCUACAUCUACCGAGAUCACUGCGCUGCCUGGGACGGUGGGAGGAGCUUUCACCAUCUCGAUCUCGGAAGCCCUUGGUGUCCGCGAUCUGGUCGGCGUUGGCAGUGGACCCCUGCCACCUGGGGGCGCCCCUGGUAGGCGCGAUGGUGCUGAUCAUGAUGCUGAGCCUCACGAGCGGCCCAUUUCUAGCGCCGACGGAGCAUGCAGUGCAGAUCUGGAUUGUAUGGCUGUUUCCAAGGGCUUGGGUGGCUCUCAGCAAGGUGGGGUCAGCGGACGAUACCAUCCCUUGCGAGUCAGGACGUCUGCCGUGGACGUGUCACAUCUUCAAGGCCUUGAAGGAUCGUCAGCCUUCCCAGCCCCUCCUGGACUUGAGCUACCCGCAGUACUCGACCCUCUUCCGGAGAGCGGCCACGCACAUCGGAGCCGAC